CCCACCGUAAAAGGGGGAAAAUCAAUCCCGACAGAACCAUAUACCUAGAGUCUCUAUUACCUUUGGCUUUCCUCUUUUUGAAGGACUUCUUUUCAACAAAACUUGCACUGAUUCUAUUAUGGUUCCUUUAUCCUUCAGGGACCAUUGCACCUCAGUUCUGAAUACCUCAUAAUUGAGACAAGGAACCCUAUAAUUUAGUGUAACACAUUGCUGAUCACUGAACGCAUGAUUCCUUACAUACAUGACAUGCAAGAAUUUAUUUGGAGUUAGGAACAUAGAACACAAGUUCUUUAUUGUAACUCAAAUGAGGGGUUGCUCGUUUCUGCUGCUAGCUCCAUAAUCAUAUUAUUUUUGGUAGAAUCCAUAAUCAUAUUAUUUAGAUGCAUAGCCGUAUAGUUCUUGAGCAAUAUGCUUUGAUUCUUGAUACCUGACUUAAUGAAACCAGAAAUCAGUAAGAUAGCUGACAUUGGCUUAUUAUUCUGUUGAUCGUUAGAUCACCUUUCCCCUCAAUAUGCUACUGAACCUUUUUUUUAAUUCCAUCUCGUGACAGGUGUAUUAUAGCUUUAACCCAGUCUUCAUGCUAGCAGAGCCGCUGAUGUUGGUCUCUACAGUUUUCUUCCUGUUUGCGGCUUGUGUAGCUUACCUGCAUAUUGAUGUUUCAAUACGCAAGCGAUAGAAAUCCAGCUGUUUCUCCAAGGUCUCCGGCCACUCUGCACUGACAUCUUUGUUGUCCUAGUUCGACAGCGAUUAAUGUCAUUUCCAUGUAUCUCAUGCAGCUUGGUAGACGUCUGCUUGACUUGGCUACUGGCAAAGUUGGAGCAAUUCAGGCAUAGGACUCAUGCAUUUACUGCAGGUUCUUUCUGAAUUUUUGUAGAAUGUUUUCGGACGGUAAAGAACCUUGCAUUGAGAUUGUACUUCUGGAUCCUCAACCCGUUAGGGGACCGUCGAACCAUGGUUGUUUCAAUACGUGAGGUAUUAGGACAGCAAGGAAAGCACUCUUAUUAUAUAAUAUCACAGUUUAGCAAACUGCUUACUCUGAAAUUUCUGUGAUUGGGACUUGGGAGUCCUGCUGAUGGUGGUUUUCAGUUUUGGGCAAUUCUAAUGUGAAGGAAGAAGUCAGAUUCUUGAUUGUGUUUUUUUAAUCACGAUCUUUAGAAGACGUCGAUAUACCUCAUCGAAUAUCAUGUGCGCAACAAUUUGGCUAUCCUGCUGACAAGGAUUGCAUUUUUUUUAUCUGUUUCAUGGGUUGGUCGAGUAUUGACUGGUGGUGAUUUAUAGGGCUCGUGAGCACAUAACGGCAUCAAUAGUGAUUCAUUGUUCACUCAGAUAGCUGAGAAUGCACGGUUCGUACUUAGUAACGAGCAUAGCCUGAUUCCGAACACUCAACACCCUGCCGAAAUGGUUGGAACUUAGUCGAUAACAAUCUGACAAAAUGAACUCGGAAACUGAAGAAAAAAAAUACUGAAGCAAUUUGUUUUUAACAAGCAAACCAGCAAGAAAUUUUCUAGGAGAUCAAACAAAUGGAAAAGAUAUAGGCGAGGAAAGCUCUCCAACGGCAACACAAAAUUUAAAAUAAAAGAUUACAAAGGUGAAUUGGAAAGGUCUUCAUUUUCCUGAGAAUUAAGAUCCACAAGUUGAAAGGGUAAAAAAUAGUAAACUGGAACAAACAUUUUUGUUCCCUCCAACUGUCACAGCCCCAAAACACAAAUUUCUGUUUGUAUAAACAAAUCACAGGAGGAAAAGAAGAAAAAAGAACACAGAAAGGAGAAAAGGUAGAGGAGAAACAACAAGGCAAAUUGGUGUCCUGCAAACAAACCAGCUACUGAUUAUUCAAUUCCCUGAUUCCCACCUUUCCUCGGGUGGGAUCAGAGGAUUGGUUCUCAUCAUUCAAACCUGUUUAGAGGAAGAACAAGAACAAAAUGGAAGCUUUAUUCAAGUAGUUGAGAUCAUUGUAUGCACAAUUACAUGUAAAAAAACAACACAAGAAAAACAAACAGCCAGCUCUUUCUCCUUCCCUGCAGAUUGGCAGCAGCGCUUGAAUCCGAGGGAUACUCGCAAAGUUUGCAUCUUUCCUUGGUUUUCUCAAAUGGGUGUCCAAGAAAAUGAUGAAAGGAUGGAGGGCUGGUUGUACACCAUUAGGUCCAAUAGGUUUGGUUUGCAAUUCUCCAGGAAGAGGUACUAUGUUCUUGAACAGAACUGUCUCAAGUGCUACAAGGCCAUUCCCACUUCAGAAAUUGAGGAAUUGACUAGAAGUGCAACUAUGGAUUCUUGCAUUCGGGUCACAGACAACGGAAGGGAGAACAUCAACAGAAAAGUCUUCUACAUCUUCACACUUUACAGUACCUUAAACCAUAAUGACCAGCUUAAGUUGGGAGCAAGUAGUUCAGAAGAAGCUGCAAGAUGGAUUUCUUCCCUAAAGAAUGCUCUCUUAAAGGAAUGUCCACAUCCAACACAGGACUUUGUGGCCAUCUCCAAGAGCAAGUGGCCUCCCUUAAGACUAAGUAUUUCAAGAAGAACAGAGUCAAAAAGGUCGAUAGACUAUUACUCAACAUUGCAUACUGAGGCAAUGACAUCUGAUGUCAUUGCACCCUCGCCUUGGAAAAUAUUUGGCUGUCAAAAUGGGUUGCGCCUUUUCAGAGAAGCCAAAGAUACAUGUUCGCAAGACGGGAGGUGGGAUGACAAUCCAGCAAUCAUGGGAGUUGGUGUGGUUGAUGCAACUUCAGAAGCCAUUUUCCGGUCUGUGAUGUCUCUUGGUCAAUCAAGAUCAGAAUGGGACUAUUGUUUCUAUAAAGGCAGUGUAGUCGAACAUCUGGAUGGUCAUACAGAUAUAAUCCAUAAGCAGCUCUACAGCGAGUGGCUCCCAUGGGGGAUGCGAAGAAGGGACUUGUUAUUGCGAAGAUAUUGGAGAAGAGAGGAUGACGGAACAUAUGUAAUUCUAUACCAUUCGGUAAUUCACAAGAAAUGUCCACCACAGAAGGGUUAUGUUCGAGCUUGCCUUAAAAGUGGUGGAUAUGUGAUCACUCCCGUAGAUGAAGGCAACCGCACGCUUGUAAAGCACAUGCUUGCCGCGGACUGGAGGUUCUGGAAACUCUACCUCCGUCCAGCUUCUGCCAAAUCAGUAACAAUCCGUAUGGUUGAAAGAGUUGCUGCACUGAGAGAGAUGUAUCGAGCCAAAGCAGGAAAAUGUCCCUUCUCCAGAGAACUGCAGCGCCCUCCUCGGAAGGUGUCCCUUACUAAACCCCAUGAAGCUACUCUAGAUGAAAACAGCCCUUUAGAUAACACACAGCUGAAUCAUGGUACUUCAACUGACGUGGAAUAUGGGAAGAAAAAGGGAUCCAUGUACACUAGCUUGGUGGCCCUCCACAAUUGCUCUGAUGAGUUCUUUGAUGUCCCUGACCAGGAACUCAAUGAAUUUGAUCACUCCGAGGUUGAGUGGUCUUCCUCAGAUACUCCGACAGCAUGUGCCCCGGAUAUAGACCACUCGCCUGCAUUCUCAUCUGCUGCUGGUCUUGUGAAGAAAUUGCAUGACCUUGCUGUUCAAAAGAAGGGCUAUGUUGAUUUACAAGAAGCAUCAGAAGACAAUAGUAACUUCUGUUCCUAUGGAUCAACUCUUCAAAAGGAUGCAAAUGGUUCUUGCCCAUGCAGUUGGUCAUCUGCUGAUCCUUCGACAUUCUUGAUCCGUGGCGAAAACUAUUUGAAAGACAACCAGAAGGUAAAGGCAAAAGGAACAAUGAUGCAGCUGGUAGGUGCAGAUUGGCUAAGAUCAGACCGGUGGGAGCAAGAUCUUGGAAGCCGCCCUAAUGGCAUUGUUCAGAAGUAUGCAUUACAGAAUCGACCAGAGUUCUUCUUCAUUGUCAACAUUCAGGUUCCUGGUGUUCCAGUUUACACCCUAGCCUUAUACUACAUGCUGAAAACUCCUUUGGAAGAACAACCAUUGUUGAACAGCUUUGUCAAUGGGGAUGAUGCUUAUAGAAACUCGAGGUUCAAGCUCAUUCCAUUCAUCCCAAAGGGAUCUUGGAUUGUGAAGCAGAGUGUUGGGAAGAAAUCGUGCUUGGUUGGUCAAGCGCUUGAAAUCCAUUACCACCGCGGCAAGAACUACUUGGAGCUUGCAAUUGAUGUUGGAUCAUCAACUGUUGCUAGAGGUGUGGUGAGUCUUGUUAAUGGUUACAUGACCAAUCUGGUCGUGGAAAUGGCAUUCCUAAUUCAGGCCAACACUGAGGAAGAACUGCCAGAGCUCCUGUUGGGAACAUGUCGACUCAACAAUCUCGACGUGGGAAAAGCAGUUGCUGUGUAAAUGACUGUUGUGACUGGGAAUCCUCUCAAGAUGUUUUAUGGGUGAUUGAGACUAACAUGGGGGAGACACUAUGAAUUCUGAAGAGGAGAUGAAUGAAGAAAGAGCAUUUCUGUGUCUCUGUUAUCUCUUGUAGGAUGUUGAGCUAACUGAUUAUUUGUAUGGCUGGUGGGUCCGUAUAAUACCUCUUUUGAGCUAACCAUUUCAGUAAGUUAUUACAAAAACAGUGUUAUAGUUGCCAACAUAAUUCUCUUGGGGUGGGACAAUUUUGUAUAUUCUCAAGAGAUCAUAUUUAGUUGAUUCCUAUAUGUUCUUGUUCAGUAUAAAGAGGAAGAUAUUGAAUGAUCUACCAUAUCAUCAGCUACAUAACCAUCCCAAACAAGAAAAAUACAGUUUUUGCCUUUAUUUCCACCAAACACCAUAUAUUAUUUAAUCAAAGUACAAAGUGAAGCCUUGCUCCAUCGCCUCAGCAUGUCUCCAAGGUUUACUAUGAAAGCUCUGUUCAACAUGAAAACAAAAAACAAAAGGCAAAAUACACUUGUAUAGUCAAAAUUUUGACGGUUUGGCCAAAUAUAGCCACGUUUGACGAAAUACCAAAAAUAGUCACUUCCGUCCAAUUGUUUGACGGUGUCAAGUAACGGGCUGAUUGGACUAACGAAAUUGCUGAGUUGGUAACGGUUAGUCAAUUGAACAUGUGAGGUGGAAAAUAAAAAUAAAUUAAAUAAAUAUUUUUUAUUUUCUCUCUCCCAUCUCUCUUCUUCCCCAGCCGAAACUCUCUAUCGUUUUCCUCUGACUCUUAAAAAAUCAAGAAUCUCCAAACUUUUCUUCAAGCCCUACUCCAAAUCCAUCUUCUUCUUCUCCAAAAAUCGAUCACACCAAAACCCACUAUAUCCCUAACUUGUAAAAUCCCAUUAUAUUCCAAACUUCCCACAAAUCCAUUUUCUUGUUCUCCUCUGUUUGGUGUCCGAUUGGGAAUCUUGAAAGUCUGAAAAUCAUUCGGCAAGGACUGGACUACAGGAACUGUUUUUUUCUAAUUGGGAUUCUACACGUAAAUGCCAUUGCUCCAUCAAUGGAUUCAUCCUCCUCCGGCCAGUUGUCGCCGUUCUUCACCCAACUCACUCAUUACAAUACAAAUGGGUGGGUACGGGUCAAUUUUUCGUCACCUACUGUAACAAUGAGUGGGUGGAUUUUGCUAAAAACCCACCCAUUGCUCAUCCCUGCUGCAUAUAAUAUAAGUUUGUUUUUUCUAAACAGAAAAGUGUAAAAAAAAAAAAAAAAGAUGAUGCACCUGACUGUAGGUGUACAAACAUAAAUCAGAGGGGGAGCCCUUAAAGGCUUAAACCAUGCAUUUAAGUCUUUAUAUAAAAGCUUGAUUAGGUGUUACCGUGUUAGUUUCAGACCUCUAACCCAUUUAAAAUUGGGUUAGUAUAAGUAAGCAGAACACCAAAUGUAACCAAACCAGGUCAUCAAUGAUAAUAAUAUCUCACAUACUAUUUACAUGACAUUUGUUGUUGUCCUAUCAUGUCCAUGUCUGGAGGGAUUUGCCACUAAUCAAAGCAACAACAAUGACUUAAUAACAAAAAUUAUUAUAAUUGUGCAACAAAUUAAUAAGCGAGAGUCAAUCAAAUUGGGGAGAGUGGAACAAAAAUUUGAAGAGAUUUGGAGGGAAGAAAAAAAAAAGGAAAAUGUAGGCUAUAUUUUUCAAUAAAUGCAUGCUUGAAGG